GUUCUGCAGCAGAGGAAAAUUAAACUACAGGAAGUAACUGAUAAGUUCCAGCGUGCUCCUCUGCCUUUUUCUCAUCACAAGAAAACAGUCCAGACAAAAGUAGCUUUUCAGUUAGAAGAAGCUCUUAAAAGAAUUAAAGGAUCAGUUUUAACACCAGGACUGUGCUUGCCCAGCAGAAACAAAGCCAACUUCAGAACCACAGAUGACACUUCAUCCUCAUCAGCAUCUAGAAAUGGUUCUUUCCAUCAGAAGCAGAUUUCAGCAGUGGCUAGCUGGGAUAAAAUGACACAAGAGGCUGUUAGAACAAACGUGGAUAGUAAGCAACUCUUCCAGAAAAAUCUGAAAGAAAUGCAACAGCUCCUUGAAAAACAUCAUCUCAGCAAGAUGGAGAAUUUUCAUCAAGAAGUCAAGAAAACAGAUGAUUCAGAAAGCUUGUCAAGCCUUGACAGUCUUGAGGCUGAAGAACAAAAUGGAAAUUGCACAACGCUAAGUGAAUCAUCUUUGACUACACAGUGUGACUGUGCCUUGUAUGGUCCAGAAAAGUCACAGACUACAAAUAAUGGUUUGCUUUAUACGGCUCAAAUUACUUCUUCUAAAAAUAUGCAUCUAAAUAAUUGUUUGAGAAAUGUAGAUUCACCAAACAACAACUUACCUAUUCAUGAUCUUUUAGCUAAACAUAAUGUUCUAACUCCCGCUGAACAUGUAAACAAUUCAGAAGAGGAGUCGUCUGCUUCUUGCAGAUCUGGAAAAAACCCUGCAGAGUUCUCUACCUCCAGUGAGCAAGAAAGCUCUGUAAGUAAAGCAUUUGGUUUUCUACAAAAUAUAAAAGAAAGAAGCAAGCCUUCUUCUGGACUGGCUAGCACGUUAGCCACUGGUCAUCCUGUUUUCAAUCUUAGCAAAGCCUGGGCCAGCCCUGACUCUGUUCCAGGAGGAAGAGUUCAUCAUCUGGUGCAAGAUCAGAGUUUUCAAAUGACCCCGCAAAAAAGAACUCUAUCUGUGCAAAACUCCAGUCAACCUAUUGCAACAUCUACAAUCUUAUUUCCUAAUCAGGGAUGUUCCACUGGCAUUCCCAGCACAGCUGAUACGUUCCCAAAGGACAAAAACAUCAGUACAGAGUUUUCAAAAAAUACCGCAGGAAAAAUGACUGAAACCAAAGAAGAAAAUAUUAAAUAUAUUGAUGACAUUAAUCCAGGGUCGUCUUUAUUUCAGGGCAUACCAAAUGCCUCAGUUCUGUGCAAUGUUAAGCAACUGAACAAUAGAGAGGAAGAAAAGGGAAAUAAGGUAGAAACUGUGUCACUGCUGUCUGAUACAGAGAUAAAUUCUGGCAGUCCUGCACAGUACAAAACCCUGAAAAACAAUAUUCAUGAAAGGAAAAGAGCAAGAUUAUUCACAAGUAUCUUAAAAAAGGGAUCUAAAUAUGAGCCCAGUCAUUUCAAUAAUGUGGUUAUGAAUCACGGGAUCAGUUUUGGAACUCGCCCAGUGUCUUCUAUCAGAGACAGUGUAGAACUGGUGAAAAUGAAAAAGAAAAGUGCAGAAAAUGAAAAAUACAAUAGAAAGCUAAGAUGGUGUGAUCAAAUUAACCAGAUAAUCAUAGAAAAUAAUAACAAAUGCUAUGAAAAAAACACUAGUGAAAUAUCUUCUGCACAGCUGCAAUACGUUCAAACGACAAAUAGUGCUCCUAAGAAUAAUUUAAGUAUUGUUGCUCAACCUUCCAACCCCAUGUUCAUAAAAAAUCAUCAGGAAAACGCUCCUAUAUCAAAACCAAAUGUUAAAACCAAAGAAUCAAAUGAAGAAUGCACGUCUCAGAAUAUAUUUAAGUCUACUGGAUCCUUUUCUACUAAAAAAGCUUGGAUGGUAUCACAAGAUGACGAAAGUAAACCCUCGAUAUGUAGCAGUAAUUCUAAAAUUAAUGAAGUUAAGGCAAGAAGAACUAGGAGACCGAUAUCUGUAAGAGCCCAGCCAAGUUUUAUGCCCGAGAAGAGAACAGGCACUAUGUUCCGACUGCAGUCAGCCACUGAAGCCGAUAAAACUUUAAAAGCUCCCAGGAAAUUGCUAGCACCUCACCCACCACCUGCACCUCUGCUGGGAAACAGAAGCGGCGAAAACACAGCCAGCCCUUGGUGUCAGCCACUGCUGCCCUCAAGUCAUCAAACUACAAGCAGGAAUGAUUUCAAUGAUAGGCAUGUUUUGUUAGCAGAUCAGGUUUUAAAUAGAAACGGUACAGAAAACAGUGUGAGAAUUAGUUUUAGUUCAGAGUUGGCCACUGGAGUACCUACACCUGGCUGCUGCCUGGCCAAAUGCAAACCUUUGGCAAAAAAUACUUGUUCUGCAAAUAGCAUUCGGACAAGUGCCUGUCAAGAUUGUCCAGUAACGUGCACUGAAAGAAGACCUGCUAACACAGAAAAUGGAUUACAUCUCUAUCCUAUCCCAGCAGCUGUGAAAACAAGGACCUCCUGGCUAGGAGUUCAUACUGCCCGAGCUCCAAAAGAUUCUGCUACUGGUACUGUUCCUGUUACAAGACAGAAGCAAGAUUUUGACAGCAGUGAAAACAAAUGCAUUUCUGAACACAGAAGGCAAACUGUAGCCUCUAAAAGCUGGAAACCUACUCAUCAUGCACACCUGAGUCCUGUUCAAUCUGCAUUUGAUCAAAUACAAAAUAAGAAUAACACCUAUAAAUCUGCUGAAGUUUCAGAAAGCACUGCUCAAUUUCUUCUGGCAGAAAAGCUAGCAAGUAUGCCAGUUGCAGAAGAUGAAAUCCUGGCAGCUAUGGAAAGUGUGCAACCAGCCAGCCAGCCCUUGCUGCCCAACAGAGCUCCAUGCCUAGGCAUGACUGCACUGUCAAUAGAAGAACAAAAGAUUCUCCAGUCUCUUGAUCAUCUCAAUCAAAGGCUACAAAAUGUUCGAGAAGCCAUUACCAGAAACCCAUCUGCUUCAAAAGUUUUGCAGAUAAUCAGCCCUUCAAGCAUUCAGCAAUAUAUAGCCUCCCCUUUGGUGAACACCACGAUAGCCUCGCAGCAGUACCAGAAUGCUUCAGCUAGCAAUCGAUUGCAAUUGUAAAGGAGAUACUGACAUUAUCUGCUCAAGGAUAUUGCAGCUUUAUGUACUUUGUGUGUAAUGUGUUGACGCUGUAAAAUUAGCAACAAAAUAAAGAUGAAUGUAGUAGCUCUAAUAAUGAAUCUCAUAGAAUCAUAGAAUCACUCAGUUGAAUAAGAUCUUUAAGAUCAUCGAGGCCAACCAUACCUGUCCACUUCUAAACCAUAUCCCUGACCACUUCAUCUCUUCAUUCUCUCUUCGCCCGUAUUUUAAAUACCUCCAGAAAUGGGG